CGUAAUAAUAAUCGUUGACACCUAGAGAGCCGUCGACAUAGGAAGAAGGAAGAGUCGCAGCAACGCAGCGUCCGUCCCGCGUGCGUAAUUCGGGUCGUAGGAGGAUUGCGGCGAGCAACAUCGAGCACAGAGAGAGAGAGAGCGCGAGGUUUGAGUCACUCGAAGAGGAAUCUCGCGCGACUCGGCACACCCGCCCGUCUCGAUGAGAUUCGAACAAGACACGGCGUGCAGGGGUACCCACUGCGCCAGCACUCCGCAACCCUCCGCGCUGCAGCAGCGAUCACGGCCAGAGGAGGUGGUGGUGGAGGAGGAGGAGGACUCCUCCGCGAAGGACGUCGACGGUCAACGACGUAGACUUGGCAUAGAAUUGGAGGCUAACGUGGUCGAGGGUGCGAAUACGGGUGGGCCGCGGGCCGAGGCCGGGGGGCCUGGGAUGGCGUAUCCCGCGUCAGCGACGGCUCUGAAUCAACAUUCGACCUUCGCUAACUCGCUCGCCGGCGGCACGCCGCCCGCCAGCAACCCGAACGGCCACAUCACCCUGCCCGCACCGGCGGCACCGCGACCGACGGACUUUAGCGUCUCCUCGCUGUUGACCGCGGCGAGCACCCAUCCGCCUGGUAUUCUGGGCGGCUCGUCCUCUCAGGGUAGCGCUUCUCCGCCGCCCGGCGGACCCGGUAGUCCGGCAGCAGCGCCGGAGACUCCGCCGCCGCCCUUACCCGCGAGCGGUCAGCGUGACUUGUCGCACCCAUCUUCCGCGGUGGCGGCCGCGAGUUACUUCAGCGCUGCCGCCCUGGCGGCAGCGAGUUUCUACGGUCCGGCACAUCUGCCGCCCACCAGUUCGCCGGGACCGACGGCGGCGCAUCAUCUUCAGGCCAAGGGGAUACUCGCCGGCGCGCAUCAUCAUCCGCAUCUCAACCCGCACGGUAUUACGCCGCCAGGCCUAGGGCUGGGCCCGCACACGCCGGAAGAAGUUCUGGCGGCGGCCGCGGCGGCGUUACAUCACCAUCACCAAGGUCCCGGCGGUCCUACGAUGAGGCCUCUAAGGCCACCACUACCGCCGGGGAUGCUUCAUACAUCGCCGCAUCCUUUGGCCGCGCAUCACCCUCUCACGGCGCCACAUCAUCCCCUCGUACCUCCUCAUCACCCGGAGGAAGACGGCGUCGUCGACGAUCCUAAAGUCACCCUAGAGGGCAAAGAGCUCUGGGAGAAAUUUCAUAAGCUCGGGACAGAAAUGGUCAUCACGAAAAGUGGCCGGCAGAUGUUUCCUCAGAUGAAGUUUCGAGUUUCCGGUCUGGACGCCAAGGCCAAGUACAUCCUUCUGCUGGACAUUGUCGCCGCCGAUGACUACAGAUACAAGUUCCACAACAGUAGGUGGAUGGUGGCGGGUAAGGCGGACCCGGAAAUGCCGAAGAGGAUGUACAUACAUCCGGACUCGCCCAGCAGCGGCGAACAGUGGAUGCAGAAGGUCGUGAGCUUCCACAAACUCAAGCUCACCAACAACAUCAGCGACAAGCACGGCUUUGUAAGUACUACGAUACUGAAUUCGAUGCACAAGUAUCAGCCGAGGUUUCACCUCGUGCGAGCCAAUGACAUCCUGAAACUUCCGUAUUCGACGUUCAGGAGUUAUGUUUUUAAGGAGACGGAAUUCAUCGCCGUGACGGCCUAUCAAAAUGAAAAGAUUACUCAGCUGAAGAUCGAUAACAACCCCUUUGCGAAAGGAUUUCGAGAUACUGGUGCGGGGAAGCGCGAGAAAAAAAGGCAGGCGCUAAUGACAGUAUCGGGCGGCGGUUCCCGUUUGACAGCGGGUGGACCAGCAUCUCCGGACAAGCGGCGUUCGUCGAACUCUGCCACCGACCUCAUGGACGACGAGGACAAGCUGCUGGAUGUGGUUGGACCCGAUACGCCGCACCCAGCCCAUCACCAUCGGGAACGGGAGCACUCUCGCGAGAGAGACGAUCGGACGAGCGAACGAGGCGAGGGCAGCGAAUCGUCCGGGUCCGAGAGCGGUGGUGGGCCAGGCCCAACGGGGUCCGAAGGUCCACGGCCGGAUGUCUCUGUCGGGCCACCGCUUCAUCCGCCUCUUUUGCCGUAUCUGUACCCGCCAGUGCCCGGACUCUAUCCCGGUCCCGGUCACCUGAUACCACCCACUCCUCUCGGCCUCCACGGCGGUGUCACGCCCGGUAUGCUGUUCAACGCCCAGCUGGCCUUGGCGGCCCAGCAUCCGCUCUUCGCACACUAUCCCCAUCCCCUGGCGAGUCCGCUGCAUCAGCUCAAGGGGCACAGAUUCGCGCCCUAUACCCUCCCGGCGCCCUCGCAUGGCUCGGCCUUCGAGACCGUAACCCCCGGUAGCAGAACCCUAAGUCCAAGAUCACCGCCGCCGAGGCCGCCGACCGAUUCGCCGACGCCCACCGGUGGCGGUGCUCUCAUCUCGACGACGCCCAGUUCCGCCGGCGAGCUCAAAUCCAUCGAGAACAUGGUGAACGGGCUGCAGGAGAAGAGAAGGAGAAGUCCGAGUCUGACGCCCGGACAUCGGGGCGACGACGCUGGCGGAGGGAGUCCGUGACAGGAGAACGAACCUGUAAGCAGCACCAAGGACGAUGACCCUGACGAAGAUGAGAACGAGGAUUGCGCCGAUGAAUCCGCCGGCGACCCGGAGGACCUUUCCGCCGACGAGAGGGAGCCGGACUCCACAUCGGAGCCAUCGUAGCGGCGGGAACGUUGGCUCGUCCGGCAUUCGGUUCUCCCUGCCUCUUUCUCGUCCUAUUCGGGGAUCCUGGCCGUACCAGACGGGAGCGAGGGAGGCCAGACUCUUAUACUACAAAGUGCAAUUUUAUUUCCGGAGUGGCGCCGCGACUCGAAAAAUCGUUCACGCGAGCGAGUGCAGCGCCCUUCGUGCUUUCGGGACUGUACAAGGAGUCCCGCGUGUUUCCUGUAUCUGUAAAUAAACCUACGUGAGAAUACGAUGUCGCGCGCAUUAGGAGGGUAUAUAUACGUCUCUGUUAGGACCGCGAGGCGGAAUGCGUUGGACUCUCCACGAAUGCUGCGCCGAUCGCGCAUUGAUGUAAAUUAGAUGAGAUCCGAGAAUGAAUGUGAUAGAAGAAAAUGAAUGUGUGUGUGUGUGUAUAAGAGAGAGAGAGAGAGAGAGAGGGGGGAAGAGUCUACGAGCGCGUACCUGUUGUGUCCCGUGUGAGUCUACGUUCUACCUGUGUACGUUAAGUCUUAAAGGAACAAAACAGAGAACGAUAUUGCAAUA